AUGGAAGAAAGGCGACAACUGACUGCAUCUCGAGAUCACCUAUCCGUCCUUCUCACCGAAGUCACCCAACAAAAUGGUAUAUUUGAAGCGAAACUGCAACGUGCCACCGAAGCUCGCACACAAAGUGCUAUGAAAAUAAUCGAAAUGGAAUCGGAAAUUAAGGAUCUGAAAGCAGCUCUGGAAAAGGUCGUUCAGCAGCUCAUUUGA